CCAGUGACCCUUACGAGUCCUUCUUGGUUCUGCAGUGGAGCAGGUGCCGCUGUUGCUGCUCGUGUUGGAUCCAGAACCGUAGCAGGACAUGGGACUGGAGGACGAGCGAAAGAUGCUGACCGGGUCUGGAGAUCCUAAGGAGGAAGAAGAGGAAGAAGAAGAAUUAGUGGAUCCCCUAACAACAGUGAGAGAGCAAUGCGAACAACUGGAGAAGUGUGUAAAGGCCCGGGAGCGGCUAGAGCUCUGCGAUGAGCGUGUGUCCUCCCGGUCACACACAGAAGAGGAUUGCACAGAGGAGCUCUUUGAUUUCUUACAUGCAAGGGACCACUGCGUGGCCCACAAACUCUUCAGCAGCUUGAAAUAAACGUGCAGACUCAGUCACCCAGCCUUCAUCCUCUGGGCUUCAGGAUAUUUCCUAAUGGUUUUGAACAUGCCAUUUUUAUUUAAUUUGUAAACUGUAAGUUCAUAUAAACCUCAUGGAUUUUGGCUUAGGCAAGUGAUUUCUAUGUAAUUAGCAAUGAUUCCAUCUUAAUAAAGUCUUGUGACCUGCAAAAAAAAAAAAAAAAAAA